UAUAUAAAACACCUGUAAACUGGUAUUCGAUAGAUUCAUUGGAGCAGAGACCAGCAAUGGAGCAGAACAAAAAGAUACUUCACUCGAUAAGAGGCGAUGAGGAGGAAGACCAGAUACUACUAGAACCAUUUAGUACCAUUUACAAAGUACUUAGGAAAGAAUGCUUUGUGUUGCCAUAUGCUUUCAAUCAUUGGUUAAACGUACCAAAGGACAAACUCGACGCUAUCAUCGAAAUAGGAGACAUAUUUUAUCAUUUCUGGCUGGUAACCGAAGAUAUUCAAGACAGUGCAGAUUUUAGAGAAGGAUUCCCAACAUCCCAUACAAUUUUUGGGACAGCUGGUGCGAUGAACUCUUCUACUUAUGGUUUAUUGAUCGCCUUUGAAAAAGUCCUAGCAUUGAAUCAUCCAAAGGGCCCGCAAGUAUUCACGGACAGUUUGUUGAAAACGAGCAGAGGACAAGGGAUGGGACUGUACUGGAAACACAAUAAUAUUUGUCCAUCCAAAAGUGCUUAUACAAAGGCUGUAAUUGGAAAAUCAGCUCAAGUAUUGCAGUGCGUAAUCGACUUAAUGCAGUUGUUUUCUGAUUGCAAAAAAGACUUCACCUACUUAACACAAACGUUUGGAUAUUAUUUCCAAAUUCGCAAGGACUAUUUCGAUUUUCUCGAAAAGGAUAAUAAAACUUUCGCCGGUGAUCUGUCCGAAGGAGAGUUCAGUUUCCCUACCAUACAUGCUAUACAGAGCCAUCCAGAAGAUACACGAGUGAUAGAAAUGUUGAGAAAACGUGUAAAGGAUAUUGACUUGAAACGUGACUGCGUCAAACUAUUAAAUCAGUUUGGAUCCUUCUCUCAUACUAAAAGUGUACUGGAAGACUUGGAUAAAGAAUUAAGGGACGAAAUAAAACGUUUAGGAGGAAAUCCACUAUUAGAGAAAUUUUUGGAUAGUCUACUGGACUGGAAGACGAAAAAUGUACCAUAAUUUUGUUUCGUCGCUAAAUGAUAGAAUUUGUUGUUUAUUAAUAUAUGUACGUUUAGUGAAACUCGUAAAACUGAUUUCAUGAAACAUCGAGGAACUCGAUACAUAAAUCAUAUUUAAAUUUGUGGAUCGGCAUAGGUUUAUGACUGUUGUUUAAUAAUGACUCGUUACAUCUUAUUAUCAUUACGUAUAUAUAUAUAUAUAUUAUAAUAAUAAAUAAAGGUUUUACAACA